AUGGAACCUUUUCUCAACGUAGUGGGCAAUCUUCUCCCAUAUCAUCUUCUCUCCUAUGGUGCUCUCCUCGGCACAGAGCUCUAUCAGAGCUUUGUUAAUACAAAAAUAUGCUACCAAGAAUUGCCAAUGAAGCAGUUCAUUCUUCUCCAAAAGCGCCUUUUCCCCAUCUACUUCGGAACGCAGGUCGGACUCACAGCAUUGACGGCAGCAACACACCCACCAUACAGCAUUUUGUCACUGGGUCAAGACCCGUGGAGUAUAGCACCUCUUGCUAUUGUUGGUUUGACCGGAUGUCUGAAUUGGUUUAUCUACGGACCUCGAACGACCACUGCAACAUUCAUCCGAAGGGCGCUACAAGAAAGCGAUAACACCGAUGCUAACUCUGAGGGGUCAAAUGUGAACCAGGCUAACCGCAACUUUGCACGAAAUCACGCAAUGGCCAUUCAUUUGAAUGCUAUCGCCAUGAUAGCCACCGUAUUUUAUGGGUUCUCACUGUCUGCUACGCUUAUGGCAGGAAUUUAG